GCUUCCGAAGCAGAAAGUUUAAAGGAGGAUGAAAAAGUGAGCGACCUAACUCGACCAGAAUCGACAAUAUCUACAGUCGAAAGCAAGGGGUCUGAGAAAUCCCCAGUGGAUUCUACAAAAUCCUCACGCGCUGGUUCUGUAACAGAGAGUAUUAAAGAAGAUGACAAAAUUAGUGAUCAAACCAGACCAGCAUCGGUAACAUCAACGGUGGGAAGCAAGGAGCCUGAGAAAUCACCUUCAGAGUCCAAAGAAUUAUUACCUGCUGCUUCUGGAGCAGAAGGCAUUAAAGAAGACGACGAAAUAAGCGAUCUAACUCGACCACAAUCAGCAACAUCUAUUGCAGAGAGCAAAGAAUCACAGAAGUCACCUACAGACACUAAGCAACCAUCACCUGCUGCAUCGUUAGCGGAAAGUAUUAAAGAGGAUAAAAAAAUAAGUGAACAACUUAUAGCAGAAUCAGUAAUGCCCAUUGGUAAAAGCAUAGCAUCCCAAAAAUCGCCUGCAGACUCCAAACAGAUAUCACCUACUGCUUCCGUAGCAGAAAGUAUUAUAGAUGAUAAAAUAAGCGAUCAAACUAGACCAGAAUCAGUAACUUCUACGGCAGAAAGCAAGGAGUCUGAGAAAUCGCCGGUUGAUUCCAAAAAACCGUCACGGUCUGCUUCUGUAUCAGAGGGUGAUAAAGGAGAUGAUAAAGUAACUGAGAAAGCUCGACCAGAAUCAGUAAUUUCCACCGUAGAAAGCAGAGAUCUUGAGAAAUCACCUGUUGCUUCUAAAACAUCAUCACGCGCUGCUUCUAUUGCAGAGAGCAUUAAAGAAGACGACGAAAUUAUUGAUCAAAGCCGACCAGAAUCGGUAACAUCAACGGUGGAAAGCAAAGGACCUGAGAAGCCACCUGCCGACUCCAAACAACUAUCACCUACUACUUCUGAAGCGGAGAGUAUUACAGAAGAUGAAAAAGUGAGCGAUCUGACUCGAGCUGAGUCGGUAAUAUCUGCCCCAGAAAGCAAGGAAUCUGAAAAAUUAUCUAUUGAUUCUAAAAAGUCGUCCCGUGCCCCUUCUCUAACAGAAGGUGCUAAAGAAGAUGAAAAAAUAAGCGAUAAACCUGUAUCAAAAUCAGUAAUUCCAAGUGCUGAACCCAAAGAAUCACAAAAAUCACCUGUCGAAUCUAAAAAAUUAUCACCUGCUGCUUCCGAAGCAGAAAGUUUAAAGGAGGAUGAAAAUGUGAGCGAUCUCACUCGGCCAGAAUCGGUAAUAUCUACUGUAGAAAGCAAGGAAUCUGAAAAAUCACCUAUUGAUUCUAAAAAAUCAUCACGCGCGCCUUCCGUAGCAGAGAGUACUAAGGAAGAUGACAAAGUAACUGAUAAAACUAGACCAGAAUCAGUAAAAUCUACCGCAGACAGCAAGGAAUCUGAAAAAUCACCUGUUGAUUCUAAAAAGUCGUCACGUGCCCCUUCUCUAGCAGAGAGUAUUAAAGAAGAUGAAAAAAUAAGUGAUAAAGCUGCAUCAGAAUCAGUAAUUCCCAGUGUUGAAAGCAGAGAAUCACAGAAAUCACCUGGCGAAACUAAACAACUAUCACCUGCUGCUUCCGUAGAAGAAGAUUUAAAAGAGGAUGGAAAAGAGGGCGACCCGACUCAACCAGAAUCAAUAAUAUCUACUGCAGAAAGCCAUGAGUCUGAGAAAUCACCAGUUGAUUCUAAAAAAUCAUCACGCGCUGCUUCCUUAGCAGAGAGUACUAAAGAAGAUGACAAAGCAACUGAGGCAACUCAACCAGAAUCAGUAAUAUCUACCACAGAAAGCAAGGAAUCUGAAAAAUCACCUGUUGAUUCUAAAAAGCCGUCACGUGCCCCUUCUCUAGCAGAGAGUGUUAAAGAAGAUGAAAAAAUAAGUGAUAAAGCUGUAUCCGAAUCAGUAAUUGCAAGUGCUGAAAGC